AUGAAACAUAUAACUAUAGAAUAUUAUCAUGCUGGUACUCCUUAUUUAUUACCAGAAGCUAUUGAGGAAAUCAUUCAAUCUCAAGGGACAGUUAAAAAUGCAUGCAGGGAAAUGGCUAAUAGAUAUAGUACUUCAACUCGUAGAAUAUAUAAAAUUUGGAAAAGACAUGCUAAAGAUAGAAAGUCAAAGAAAAGAAAACCAGGAUCCAGCUCUAGAUCUGUUCAAGUAUCUGAUUCAGUCAAUAUUAUUAGGACGAAGACUAGCUUUUCAGCUAAUAAAGUUGGUAUAACUGAUAUUCUGAUAAAAAAAGUAGAUGAAAUGGAUGACUUACAAGUUAAGCUUGCACAAAAUUGUAAAGAAAGGGAAGAAGCUAAACAUGAGAUGAAAAGGAUCUUAGAUUUCAACUAA